GAAGAGGAGGAAGAAGAGGACAGGCGUAGGAGCCCAAGACCCGUCACCUUCACACUGGGCAAUGAGAUCCUGGGGCUGGGCCCAGAGACCGAGUUUCAGAGCCCUGACGCCGAGGUCUACAUGCACUUCAUGAGGAGCCACUGCUGCUACGACGCCGUCCCCACCAGCUGCAAGCUCGUUGUCUUCGACAUCUCUCUGGAGAUCAAGAAAGCCUUUGUGGCACUGGUGGCCAACGGGGUACGUGCCGCUCCACUCUGGGACAGCAAGACGCAGAGCUUCGUGGGGAUGCUCACCAUCACUGACUUCAUCAACAUCCUCCACCGCUACUACCGCUCGCCCCUGGUGCAGAUCUACGAGGUGGAAGAGCACAAGAUUGAGACCUGGAGAGAGGUGUACCUGCAAGGCUCCUUCAAGCCACUGGUCUACAUCUCCCCAAGCAACAGCCUCUUCGACGCUGUCUACUCCCUGAUUAAGCACAAGAUCCACCGCCUGCCUGUCAUCGAGCCCAUCUCAGGCAAUGUCCUGCACAUCCUGACGCACAAGCGCAUCCUCAAGUUCCUCCACAUCUUCGGCUCCACUAUCCCCAAGCCACGCUUUCUGAAGAAAACGGUGCAGGAGCUUUGUGUUGGCAACUUCCGCGAUGUGGCCGUCGUGCAGGAGACCGGGGAGCACGGCAGGUGGUCCCCAGGGCCCCCCUCUGCAGCCCCUGUGCUCUCUCUUCUUGCAGGGCAAGUGGUCGGCCUUUACUCCCGGUUUGACGUCAUUCACCUGGCAGCCCAGAAGACCUACAAUAACCUGGACAUCAGUGUGCGGGAGGCGCUGCGGCAGCGCACCACCUGCCUGGAGGGGGUCCUCACCUGCUACCCCCACGAAACCAUGGAGGACAUCAUCGACCGCAUCGCCAAGGAGCAAGUCCAUCGCCUGGUUCUGGUGGAUGAGAACCAGUACCCGCGGGGCAUCGUCUCCCUCUCUGACAUCCUCCAGGCCCUUGUGCUCACUCCUGCAGGUAUCGAUGCUCUUAACUCUUAG